CGUACAGAACAUUGUUUAAACCGCGCUAUUGGAGUACGAAAGACGAACCAUUAAAAAGAAGAAAAAAAAAUCACACACAUCAACAGCGUAAACAUACGUCGCGACGGUCUCGACGCUCCGAUUCAAUGACUAUUCGCAUUUUACGGACCAACAAUUCUGAUCCAAACCGUUUAUUUAUUCGUGGACUUUCCUGAUUUUUCAAUAAAAUUUAAAAUUUUCAUAAACAAAGAGUGUUGGUUGCUUAAAGUUGUUUGAUAACAGAUAACCAUGGUGUUGUAUUCGUGUGUAUGCAUUCGUCGCGUUGUUGUUUUUCAUAAUAAUUUCAGUUGAAUGUUGUAAACAUUUUGGGAACGUCUUAAUCAUUCAGAUACAACAGAGUCUUGAGAGUAUACUAAUAGCUCAAGACGAUGACUUCGUUGCGGGAGAGCAAUUUAUUCUUAAAGUGUCGCAUUUGUGUGUCAGAUAUUCAGCAAUACUCGAAUGCAAUCACCAUAUUCUGCAAAGACUUCUUGGACGAAAAGAUCAGAAAGUAUCUGCACGUAAACAUUGACUUCAGCGACAAAUUCCACAAACGAAUUUGCCGGAAAUGUUUAAUUAAAUUGGAAGACAUCCACCAGUUUGCCUGUCUUGCACAAAAAAAUCAACAGAUUUUUAUCAAGUAUGCAGAAGAGCUAAAAACAACCGUCAGCAAUUCCGUUAAAUUAACUAAAACACCGCUGGUUUCGAAUGAAGACAUAACCAUCUUUGCCUACGAUGAAUUGAAACUGGGUCAAGUAAUCAAAGAUCAUGACUUGCUGAAAUUGAUACUCAAAGCUUUGAAAUGGUCCCACUCCAAACGAAACCAAAACACUCAAAUCGAAAAACUGAAGAACACAAACUUCCAUGAGGUACUCGCCAAUCCAGAUCUACUUCGGGAUACGGAUCUAAUGCAACUGCUAGGACCGUAUGUGAAGCAAGACCGAAAUGGUAAUGGAGGACCGAAAGCCACGUUGCAUCGAUCGGGUCAGGAAAAGAACGUGGAAGUGUUAGAGCUGGGCCAAUCUGAUUAUAAAUCCAACCACUCAAACAACGAUGGUACAGCUGACGAAACUAGUGUUGAAAUGGAGGUGGUUGUGGAUCCAGAUUUAUUUUUCCCAUACGACGACGAUGAGACACGAAGUGCAGAAGAGACUAUCGAAUUGGAAGAACUGAAACCACUAAAGUGUCCAACAUGUCCGGAACUGUACAAAACCGAACUCGAGCUGAAGGAGCACAUACUCAGACAUAUGAUGGAGAAGCACGAACAAGACGAACUGGAUGCGGAAAAGGAAGCCGAUGAAGAGAAAAUAAAUGAAAUGCUGGAUGAAUUAGUUCCGCGAAAAAGAACCCGGCGAAAACCGACAUCGUCCAGAUUUACUUGUCCCACGUGCAAGAAAAAAUUGUCGACGAAAGGAAAUUUAAAAGUUCACUUGGAGACACACAAGCCGAAGGGAAAAUUUUCAUGCGAUAAAUGUGGAAGAAUCUUCAAAACCUACAUAAACUUGGUUCGGCAUCGAAAGUAUCACUCUGGCGAUAAAUUUUCCUGUCCGACCUGCUCUAGAGUUUAUCCGACGAAAAGCACGCUACGAGCGCACAUCAUAACUCACAGCAAUGUCCGACCCCACGAUUGUCCGAUAUGCCACAAAACGUUUAAACGGAACCAAGAUUUGAAGUUUCACAUCAAUCAGCAUACAGGAAUGAAACCAUACAAAUGUGAUAAAUGUGACAAGGCGUUUGCAAGUUCCGGAAACUGUUUUUCACAUCGCAAGCGUAUGCACUCUGAUAAAGUUUAAAUUUAAGAGGUCGCUGGUCGAAAGAAAAAAGUUUAUCACCGAAAUGGAUCCACAUUCCUCCUCGGUUAAGCCACAAAUGUUUCGUGCAGAAUUUUCUGUGAUAAUAAGAUAUAAAGUUUGUAUGAAAAAAAAAGAAAUAAAAGCUUGGAAGAUGGUAAUU